UUUUCAUAUAUAUCAUGGCAGUUGACUCUGUCAAAAACUCUAAUAAUAAUAUUGUUCCACCACCAACACCUAAUUCUUGAGUACAGUGAUGAUGAAAUGACUAAAGUUCAUGCAAGUGCUGAGCUUACUGUUUUCAUUCAACUGUUUGGAAGAAAAUUGGGAAGUUUUCAGCUCGGCUCUUAUCUUCAUGGCUUCUUUAAACUCAACGAUCGUGUUGAAGUGUGUAAACAUGGUCAUUGCAGGUACUCUGCCAAGUUCUCGAGCCAACGUGAUUAUGAUCGAGCUACUCAGAGAAGCACUUGGCAGAUUUCGGAUCAAUAUUUCAUCGAGGUUUAUAAAUGGCUGCCUAACUUCCAAUUCGGAAAAGUGCCAUUUCUUUGUGCUGGAGACUUUGUGGAAGCCCGGUUAGAAGGUCUCCCCGUUGAGUAUUUCAUAGAUAUCGCGGUGUUUAAACUUGCGCAUGCUGUUUGCGAGCCUUUGGGUUGUCCGGUCUUAAUGGUUGAUACUUCGAAAGGUAAACCUCCUCGAUUUUGGUUUCAGUUGAUCAAUUCAAAAUGUUGUUCAAAUCUUCCAUUGCACGUUCAAAUAGUUGAUGGUCCACUAGUUGGAUUGACUUAUUCACGAGCACAAUAAUGCUAUCGUUGUGGUGGAUUUGGACACAUUCGAAAGACUUGUCGUCAGCUCAAUCAACGGACAAGGUCUUACAACUCCGGUCCAACUCAAGUCCAUGUCCCAGUUUCUAAUUUAUCAUCACCAACCUCGUUCCCUGAAGAAAGACAAGGUGUUGUCCAAGCUCAUGAGUCAAUAUCGCAUAUGAGUUCAGAAGAAAAUCGUGAAGGAAGAAGUGAAAUCACGCCAUUUUCUCCUAUAAAGUACUUUGCUCGCUCCUCAGGGAGUACUAGUCCCUCGAGGCCAAUUGAACAAACGGAAAUGGGGGAUAAGGGUGCUAUUCUUGUUGAGACUGGCAAGGAAGCAGGGCGAAGUUGUAUAAUAUAGCAGAUGAGGUUUGUGAAAUCAACGUUGCUGUAAAAGUUACUAAUUUGAAUGACCAAAGGGGACAUCAGCACAGGGUAACUAUAACUCCCCGCGCUGGUAAUGUCCCCCGUUGUUCCAAAAAAUUGCUUUACACAACCAUUGAGGAUGUUGAGGACCGGAAUGCAAUCCGUACGUUAAAGGGUACUUGUGAUGAGAACUAUGUUUCAAUCGCAAUUGUUUUUGAUAAAUCCUCUGUGCUAAUCAAUGAUGAUCAAAUCAUCAGAUGUUUCAGUUUCUCUGCUUCUCACAUUUCAGAAAUGACAUUCAAAAGCAUUGGAUCAGAUGGCUAUGCCAGAAACGUGAAGGGUAAUUGCUUGCUAAUGUGGAACGGGGAAGAGCUUCUUGUUAAUGUUUCCCCUGUAUCGUAUGGUAAUACACAACUUUUGUCCCAAAAUCUCGAGUUUAGUGCCUCGUGGUUGGCUGUUGAGUCCGAUUCAGAUGAAUCAUCUAAUGGUUUUUCGAGUUCUUCUGGAGAAGGUUCAGCUGAUUCCUCUCGAAAUGGAGACACAGAUUCGGAUGAAUCCACAUUGUUUACUUCUUCUAGAGAAGGAAUUUCAAAUGAAUCUUCCGCUUCAUUUAGUUCUAGCAGUGAGUCCUCUAUGUCCCUUAUGAAUUCAGCCACACAUUCGGAGGACUCCUCGUUGUUCUCCACUGAUGCAGAUGAAAUUUCAAAUGGAACGUCUUCUCCUUCCAGUUCUGAAGAAGACAAUGAAUCAUUUGUUCUUUCUCCUUAUGGUGAAUAGGUAAGCUAUGUUCGAGAUUCAGAACUAUUUUUUUUUGUCAUCGUUUAAACCCUCAAACGUCUCCACAUCCGUGCAAAAUAGAGAGGCUUGGGAGGUAAGGGAAAGGGGAGACAAUGCACCACCAUCUAGAACCAAUUUAGCAAAGCCCGAAUACAGAAAGGCAGCAAGUUUUGGAGCUACAUUUUUCUAUGCUACUCAUACUAAUCGUCUCUUAACAUCUGUGAUUUUGUUGAGCAAGUAAUUUAGUUCUAAUCAUUUUUGGUUGUACUAAUGUCAAAUUGUACAUACUUUAUGUAUACUUGUAAUUGAUCUCAAGAAAGU